AGCUUCAGCAAUGGAGGGUGCAAAACACCAAUGAGCUUCUGUCUUGCUGGAGGGUCGGCUUUAGGCGGAAGUUGCUUUGUUGACCGGGAGAAACGAGAUGGGGGUGAAGCUGGAGAUAUUUCGGAUGAUAAUCUACCUCACUUUCCCUGUGGCUAUGUUCUGGGUUUCCAAUCAGGCCGAGUGGUUUGAGGACCACGUCAUACAGCGCAAGAGGGAGCUGUGGCCACCUGAGAAGCUUCAAGAGAUAGAAGAAUUCAAAGAGAGGAUACGGAAGCGGCGGGAGGAGAAGCUUCUUCGCGACGCCCGGCAGAACUCCUGAGGCCUCCAAGUGGGAGUCCUGGCCCCUCCCCUGAUGAAAUAUACGCAUACUCAGUUCCUUGUUACUCA